CCGGCACGCAGUCUCUACGCUUAGGUCCCAGAUCGUCACCAUGAAGCUGAUACUUCUGUACCUGGCCGUGGUGCUCUGCACCGUUUGCAAAGGUACAGCAAGUUCAUCUAGACACAAAACGAGUGGGCCACCCAGUACUUCAGAAAAAGCAUCCCAUGUCCCAGAAGCAACCCCCACAUACUCAGAAGCAAACGAAGUUGCUGGAGAAGCGGCUACGUGGGGCAAGGGCACGUACAAAGCUCUCAAUGGCCGCAUCUUUUCCUUCGAGUCCGAGUGCACAUUCACUUUUUGCCGAGACUGUGCUGAGUCCGGAGAAGACUUCAAUGUUGAGAUCAAAAGGCAUGAGAAUGGUGACAUCGAAGAAAUCAAGGCCCUGAUCGAUGAUGUUGGGAUCUUGGUUGUGCGUGAUACUAUUUCUGUCAAUGAAGAAAGGGUGCAGAUGCCAUUCAGCAAUAAAAUGAUCCACAUUAAGAAGCAAGGCGACCACUACGUUCUCAAAACCCGCAGAAAAAUCUUGUCUUUGAGCUGGGGCAAGAACAAACUCUCACUCACUCUUUAUAGACAGUACAUAACCUGUGGUCUUUGCGGCGACUUCAACAGUGUCCCAGGGGAAGAAGAUAUUAAUGAGCACAUUGCCAAUAGCAAAAUUUCCAAUGACUGCCCGAGCACUUUGAGCAGGAACAAUGAAGUCUGCGAGGAUGGAGUCCAGUAUUGUGACAGGAUUAUUGGAACGUACUUUGAGAAAUGUUCGAAAGUUUCCCCUUUAUCCAGCGAGUACAAAAACGUGUGCGUCGAUGAGUACUGCCGAACUGGAGGGAACAAGCAGACCACAUGUAACACCUACUCAGAACUGGCCCGCCUGUGUGCUUACGAUGGUCCUGGCGUCUUUGAACACUGGCGAGAUGACUCUGCUGUGGUUUGCGCAAAGCAGCAGUGUCCAGGAAAGCACAUCUACAAAGAAUGUGGACCUUCAAAUCCUCCAACCUGCUCUAAUGUGGCUCCCUUUCAAGACAGUGAAUGCGUGAGUGGCUGCACCUGUCCAGAAGGUUACCUGUUGGAUGAUAUUAGAGAGAAAGGAAAGUGUGUAUUAAAGGAAAAAUGUCCCUGUGAAUCUAAUGGGAAAGUGUAUAAGCCAGGAGAAGUCCGAGAAGGCCCCUGCGGCUCUCAGUGCACAUGCCAAGAAGCAAAGUGGUCUUGCACCGAAGCUCGCUGUCCUGGGAUAUGUAAGGUGGAAGGGAGCUCCUUUACUACUUUUGAUGACAAUAAAUUUAGCCACCCUGGAGACUGUCACUUCUUGGCUGUCCACAAUGAUGAAAUCUCUAUCAGCGUUGAGAUCCAUCCAUGUGGGGAUGGUCAGACAGGAUCCUGCUUAACCAGUGUUAUGGUUCUCCUGAAUUCUUCUACUUCAGGUAACAGAUUUGUGUUCAACCGUGAUGGGACAGUCACAAAGGAUGGAGUUAUAAUUAAAGGCUAUUACUAUUCAGAUGGAGUACAGAUCUUCAAUUCAUCUUCUUUGUACAUGCAAGCGGAAAUACUCUCUCACAUAAAGUUGCAAAUACAAAUGGUUCCUAAGAUGCAGUUGUACGUGUCCCUGGCCCCUGACACAUCCACAGACACCGUAGGUCUCUGUGGUUCCUUCAACAAUAAGGCAGAAGAUGACUUUAUGUCAAGUCAGAAAAUUCUGGAGAGCACAGCUCAGGCAUUUGCUAACUCCUGGGAGAUGAUGCCUUGCCCUAAGGGAAGCCCCUCCUCCUGUGUCAGCAUCGAAACAGAGAAGUUUGCCGAAAGUAACUGUGAGAUUCUUCUCAGCUCAAGUGGGCCUUUUGCGGCCUGUCAUCAAACUGUGGACCCCAAAUUCUAUCAUGAGGAAUGCAAAAGAUACACGUGCUCUUGUGAAAACAGUCAGGAUUGCCUGUGCACCGUCCUAGGGAACUAUGUAAAAGCAUGUGCUGAGAAAGAAACCUACCUUGUGGGCUGGAGAGAUGGACUGUGCGAGGUCUCUUGUCCGACUGGUCUUGUCUUCAACUACAAAGUGAAAACCUGUAACAGUUCUUGCCGAUCGCUGUCGGCACGAGACCGAAGCUGUGAUAUAGAGGACAUUCUGGUUGACGGAUGUACCUGCCCUGAUGGAAUGUACCAGAAUAACGAAGGGAACUGUGUCCAGAAAUCCGAGUGUGACUGCUAUGUUGAGGAUGAGACCGUGCAACCUGGCAAAUCCAUCCUUAUUGAUGACAAUAAAUGUGUCUGUCAGGAUGGAGUGCUUCACUGCCAAACUCCCCUUGAUUUAACCUUACAAAACUGUUCCAGAGGGGCUGAAUACAUAGACUGCAAAGAUCCCAAGGCACAGAGAAGGACUGAAAGGACAUGUGCUACCCGGAACAUACCUGAUUUUGAGGGUGACUUGCCUUGCAAACGUGGGUGCUACUGUCCUGUAGGAAUGGUCCGUAACUCUAAAGGGAUAUGUAUACAUCCUGAUGACUGCCCCUGCUCUUUCGGUGACAGAGAAUAUGAACAAGGAAGUGUUACUUCUGUUGGCUGCAAUGAGUGUACUUGCAUAAAAGGGUCUUGGAACUGUACCCAAAAUGAGUGUCAGUCCACUUGCCACGUCUAUGGAGAAGGACAUUAUAGAACUUUUGAUGGAGAAAGCUACAGCUUCGAUGGGCUCUGCCAGUAUACAUUCCUUGAGGAUUAUUGUGGCCAAGAAAACGGCACAUUCCGUAUUUUAACCGAGAGUGUCCCCUGCUGUGAAAACGGGCUUACCUGCUCCAGAAAAAUCAUUGUGGCUUUCCAGGAUCAGAACAUCAUCUUACAAGACGGUAAAGUAACGGCGGUUCAAACUGCGGAAAGUGAGGAUUGCGAGCGCAGUGCGAGCUCGUACUCGAUCCACACUGUCGGCCUGUACCUGAUUGUGAAGCUUCUGAAUGGAAUCAUCCUGAUUUGGGACAAAUACACAAAAGUGUCUGUUAUUCUGGACCCAAGCUGGCAGAACAAAGUGUGCGGUCUUUGUGGAAAUAACAAUGGCGAUCUUAAGGAUGACUUCACAACCAGGCACUCUUCAGUAGCUGCUGGAGCACUGGAAUUUGCAAACAGCUGGAAAACAAGUCAGGAAUGUUCAGAUACAGUAACUCAAAGCUUCCCGUGUGACUCGAACCCGUACUGCAAAGCCUGGGCUGAGAAGAAAUGCGAGAUCAUCAGGGAUGACACCUUCAGAGACUGCCACAGCAAGGUGGACCCCACGACUUAUUACAAUGCAUGUAUUGAAGAAGCCUGCUCUUGUGACAUGGAGGGGAAGUACCUUGGCUUCUGUACUGCUGUGGCAAUGUAUGCCGAGGCGUGCAACGCAGCCGGAGUCUGUGUCUCGUGGAGAAAGCCAAACCUCUGCCCUGUGUACUGUGACUACUACAAUGCCCCUGGGGAGUGCAGCUGGCACUACGAACCUUGCGGUACCGUGACAGCCAAAACAUGCAAAGAUCAGGUCAUCGGCCAGAAGUUUUCUUCACUUUUGGAAGGCUGUUAUGCCAAGUGCCCAGAAAACGCACCCUAUCUGGACGAGAACACCAUGAAGUGUGUCCAGUUAUCCGAGUGUAGCUGCUUCUACAACGACGUCAUACCAGCAGGGGGCGCUGUUGUGGAUGACUGUGGAAGAACAUGCUCCUGUACGGCCGGCGAGUUGGAGUGCAGCGAAACUCCUACGAACUCAACAUCAGCAGAUAAAGUUUCUCUGGCUCCAACUACUUCCGUAUUAAGUACAUCGGCAGUGACAACGGGGGCCAGAAGCUCCACGUCAGAGUCUCGAGAAACUACAGUUCGAGCUGGCAGUUCAACAAUGGAAGCCCUCACUGCUGGAAAAGCAGAAGCAGGCAUUAUGGCCACGGCCACCACCGUGACAGUCUCUAAUGCCACCUCAGCUCCUGUCUCAACAUCUGGAAAUCCUGGUACAACAGACGCUCCUGCCGGCACCACUGCCAGUGCAGCCUCUACUCCUGGAAAGGCAGAUACGACCACUACCACCACAGCUGCUCCCACAGCAGCCUCUAAUGAAAGCUCAGGUCCUGCUUCUACAGCUGAAAGUCCAGCCUCCACUCUAGGCUCUUCUACAAGCCCUGUUCCUGCUGUCUCCACAGGGGCGAGGGAAGGCACAACGGCUGUGUCUAAUAGAACUUCAGCUCCUGUCCCCAUGUCUGAAGGAGUAGGUAGUUCAGGAGGCCCGAAUGUAACCACAGGACCUGUUGACUCCACAGCUGGGGGACAGUCCACUACACCAGCACCUACAGGAAGCUCAGCUCCUGCUUUGCCUACCUCUGGCAGAAGUGGGCUGAGAGGAGACUCUACUGCAACAGCACCUCCUGUCUCCCCAUCUGAACAACGCAUGGUCACAGAAGAACUUGCUACCACCCCGCCCAAUGCAGCCUCCACUUCUGAAAAAGCAGACACUACACACACCACCAGCACCAGCACCACCACCACCAUGGCAGUCUCCAAUGGAACGUCAGCUGCUGUCUCCACAUCUGGUCAACCUGGCUCUUCUACAGGACCAGCUGGUACCUCAGGCAGUGCAGCCUCCACUUCUAGAAUUGCAGAAAAAACCACUACAACAAAUCAAACCAACAGCACCGCCACCCCCACUACCCCCACCAACACCACCACCAACACAAUUGCAGUCUCUAAUGAAACAACACCUACUGCCUCCAUAUCUGGAGAAACUGGCACACCAGCAGAAACUAUUGGUACCUCAGAACAUGCAGGCGCCACUACUGGACAGGCAGACACCUCCACUAGGGCAACCACCACCAAUACAAUCUCCACCGUCACCACCGUGACAGUCUCUAAUGCCACCUCAGGUCCUGUCUCAACAUCUGGAAAUCCUGGUAGAACAGACGCUCCUGCCGGCACCACUGCCAGUGCAGCCUCUACUCCUGGAAAGGCAGAUACAACCACUACCACCACAGCUGCUCCCACAGCAGUCUCUAAUGAAAGCUCAGGUCCUGCUUCUACAGCUGAAAGUCCAGCCUCCACUCUAGGCUUUUCUACAAGCCCUGUUCCUGCUGUCUCCACAGUGUUGGUGGAAAUCACAACAGCUGUGUCUAAAGGAACUUCAGCUCCUGUCACUGCAUCUAAAGGAGUAGGCAGUUCAACAGGCACUAAUGGAAACUCAGGUCGUGUUCUUUCCACAGCUGGGGGACAGGCCAGUACACCAGCACCUACUGGAAGCUCAGCUCCUGCCUUGUCUACCUCUGUCACAGGUGGGCUGAGGGCAGCCUCUAAUUCAACAGCACCUCCUGUCUCCCCAUCUCAACAACCUGUGUACACAGCAGAACUUAUUCUCAUCUCGCCAAAUGCAGCCCCCACUUCUGAAAAAUCAGAAUCUACGACCACCACCAGCACCAGCACCACCACCAACAUCGUCACAGUCUCUAAUGCCACCUCAGCUCCUGUCUCAACAUCUGGAAAUCCUGGUGGAACAGAUUCUCCUGCUGGCAGCAAUGCCAGUGCAGCCACUAAACCUGCAAGGGCAGAUAUGACCACUACCACCACAGCUGCUCCCACGGAAGUCUCUAAUGAAAGCUCAGGUCCUGCUUCUACAGCUGAAAGUCCAGCCUCUACUCUAGGCUCUUCUACAAGCCCUGUUCCUGCUGUCUCCACAGUGUUGAUGGAUGUCACAACAGCUGUGUCUAAAGGAACUUCAGCUCCUGUCACUGCAUCUGAAGGAGUAGGCAGUUCAACAGGCCCUAAUGGAACCGCUGGUCCUGUUGUCUCCACAGCUGGGGGACAGGCCAGUACACCAGCACCUACUGGAAGCUCAGCUCCUGCCUUGUCUACCUCUGGCACAAGUGGGCUGAGGGCAGCCUCUAAUUCAACAGCACCUCCUGUCUCCCCAACUCAACAGCCUGUGAACACAGCAGAACUUGCUCUCACCUCACCAAAUGCAGCCCCCACUUCUGAAAAAGCAGAAACCACAAGUAUGACCAGCAGCAGCACCAGCACCACCACCACCAGCACCACCACCACCAAAACAGUCUCUAGUGGAACAUCAGCUGCUGUCUCCACAUCUGGUCAACCUGGCUCUUCUACAGGACCAGCUAGUACCACAGGCAGUGCAGCCUCCACUUCUGGAAAAGGAGAUACCACCACGACCACCAACACAACCACCAGCACCACCACGAUUUCAGUCUCUAAUGAAACAACAACUGUUGCCUCCAUAUCAGGAGAAACUGGCACAGCAGCAGAACCCGUUGGUACCUCAGAACGUGGAGCCUCCACUGCUCUAAAGGCAGACACCACCACUAGCGCCACCACCACCACCACCAUCGUCGCAGUCUCUAAUGCCACCUCAGCUCCUGUCUCAACAUCUGGAAAUCCUGGUAGAACAGAUUCUCCUGCUGGCACCACUGCCAGUGCAGCCACUAAACCUGCAAGGGCAGAUACGACCACUACCACCACAGCUGCUCCCACGGCAGUCUCUAAUGAAAGCUCAGGUCCUGCUUCUACAACUGAAAGUCCAGCCUCCACUCUAGGCUCUUCUACAAGCCCUGUUCCUGCUGUCUCCACAGUGUUAAUGGAAUUCACAACAGCUCUGUCUAAAGGAACUUCAGCUCCUGUCACCACAUCUGAAGGAGUAGGCAGUUCAACAGGCCCUAAUGGAACCGCUGGUCCUGUUGUCUCCACACCUGGGGGACAGGCCAGUACACCAGCACCUACUGGAAGCUCAGCUCCUGCCUUGUCUACCUCUGGCACAAGUGGGCUGAGGGCAGCCUCUAAUUCAACAGCACCUCCUGUCUCCCCAUCUCAACAACCUGUGAACACAGCAGAACUUGCUCUCACCUCACCAAAUGCAGCCCACACUUCUGAAAAAGCAGAAACCACAAGUACAACCAGCACCAGCACCAGAGCCACAACCACCACCAAAACAGUCUCUUAUGGAUCGUCAGCUGCUGUCUCCACAUCUGGACAACCUGGCUCUUCUACAAGACCAGCUGAUACCUCAGGCAGUGCAGCCUCCACUUCUGGAAACGCAGACACCACCAGGACCACCACCACAACCACCAGCACAGCCAACCCCACCACCACCACAACCACCACCACGAUUGUACUCUCUAAUGAAACAACACCUGUUGCCCCCACAUCUGUAGAAGAUGGCACACCAGCAGAACCAGUUGCCACCUCGCCCAAUGCAGCCCCCACUUCUGAAAAAGCAGACACCACAACCACGACCAGCAGCAGCGCCAGCACCACAACCACCAGCAUUACAACCAUGGCAGUCUCUAAUGGAACGUCAGCUGCUGUCUCCACAUCUGGUCAACCUGGCUCUUCUAAAGGACCCGCUGGUACCUCAGGGAGUGCAGCCUCCACUUUUGGAAACGCAGACACCACCACGACCACCACCACAACCACCACCACCACCACCACCACCACGAUUUCAGUCUCUAAUGAAACAACAACUUUUGCCUCCAUAUCUGGAGAAACUGGCACACCAGCAGAAACCGUUGGUACCUCAGAACGUACAGCCUCCACUGCUCUAAAGGCAGACACCACCACUAGCGCCACCACCACCAACAACACCGUCGCAGUCUCUAAUGCCACCUCAGCUCCUGUCUUAACAUCUGGAAAUCCUGGUAUAACAGAUUCUCCUGCUGGCACCACUGCCAGUGCAGCCACUAAACCUGCAAGGGCAGAUAGGAUCACUACCACCACAGCUGCUCCCACGGCAGUCUCUAAUGAAAGCUCAGGUCCUGCUUCUACAGCUGAAAGUCCAGGCUCCACUCUAGUCUCUUCUACAAGCCCUCUUCCGGCUGUCUCCACAGGGGCGAGUGAAGGCACAACAGCUCUGUCUCAAGGAACUUCAGCUCCUGUCACCACAUCUGAAGGAGUAGGCAGUUCAAAAGAACCUAAUGGAACCGCUGGUCCUGUUGUCUCCACAGCUGGGGGACAGGCCAGUACACUACCACCUACUGGAAGCUCGGCUCCUGCUUUGUCUACCUCUGGCACAAGUGGGCUGAGGGCAGCCUCUAAUUCAACAGCACCUCCUGUCUCCCCAUCUCAACAACCUGUGAACACAGCAGAACUUGUUCUCACCUCACCAAAUGCAGCCCCCACUUCUGAAAAAGCAGAAACCACAAGUACAACCAGCACCAGCACCAGCACCACCACAACCACCAAAACGGUCUCUUAUGGAUCAUCAGCUGCUGUCUCCACAUCUGGACAACCUGGCUCUUCUAAAGGACCAGCUGGUACCUCAGGCAGUGCAUCCUCCACUACUGGAAAUGCAGACACCACCACGACCACCACCACAACCACCAGCACAGCCAACCCCACCACCACCACAACCACCACCACGAUUGUACUCUCUAAUGAAACAACACCUGUUGCCUCCACAUCUGUAGAAGAUGGCACACCAGCAGAACCAGUUGCCACCUCGCCCAAUGCAGCCCCCACUUCUGAAAAAGCAGACACCACAACCACGACCAGCACCAGCACCAGCACCACAACCACCAGCAUUACCACCAUGGCAGUCUCUAAUGGAACGUCAGCUGCUGUCUCCACAUCUGGUCAACCUGGCUCUUCUAAAGGACCCGCUGGUACCUCAGGCAGUGAAGUCUCCACUUCUGGAAAAAGAGACACCACCACGACCACCACCACCACCAGGACUUCAGUCUCUAAUGAAACAACAACUGUUGCCUCCAUAUCUGUAGAAACUGGCACACCAGCAGAACCCAUUGGUACCUCAGAACGUGCAGGCUCCACUGCUCUAAAGGCAGAUACCACCACUAGCGACACCACCACCACCACCACCACCAUCGUCGCAGUCUCUAAUGCCACCUCAGCUCCUGUCUCAACUUCUGGAAAUCCUGGUAGAACAGAUUCUCCUGCUGGCACCACUGCCAGUGCAGCCACUAAACCUGUAAGGGCAGAUACGGCAGCCUCUAAUGAAAGCUCAGGUCCUCCUUCUACAACUGAAGGUCCAGCCUCUACUCUAGGCUCUUUUACAAGCCCUGUUCCUGCUGUCUCCACAGUGUUGAUGGAUGUCACAACAGCUGUAUCUAAAGGAAAUUCAGCUCCUGUCACCACAUCUGAAGGAGUAGGCAGUUCAACAGGCCCUAAUGGAACCGCAGGUCCUGUUGUCUCCACAUCUGAGGGACAGGCCAGUACACCAGCACCUACUGGAAGCUCAGCUCCUGCCUUGUCUACCUCUGGCACAAGUGGGCUGAGGGCAGCCUCUAAUUCAACAGCACCUCCUGUCUCCCCAUCUCAACAACCUGUGAACACAGCAGAACUUGCUCUCACCUCACCAAAUGCCGCCCCCACUUCUGAAAAAGCAGAAACCAAAAGUACGACCAGCACCAGCAACAGCACCACCACCAGCACCACCAAAACGGUCUCUAGUGGAACAUCAGCUGCUGUCUCCACAUCUGGACAACGUGGGUCUUCUACAGGACCAGCUGGUACCUCAGGCAGUGCAACCUCCACUUCUGGAAACGCAGACACCACCACGACCACCACCAUAACCACCAGCACAGCCAACCCCACCACCACCACAACCACCACCACGAUUGUACUCUCUAAUGAAACAACACCUGUUGCCUCCACAUCUGUAGAAGAUGGCACACCAGCAGAACCACUUGCCACCUCGCCCAAUGCAGCCCCCACUUCUGAAAAAGCAGACACCACAACCACGACCAGCACCAGCAACAGCACCACAACCGCCAGCAUUACCACCAUGGCAGUCUCUAAUGGAACGUCAGCUGAUGUCUCCACAUCUGGUCAACCUGGCUCUUCUAAAGGACCCGCUGGUACCUCAGGGAGUGCAGCCUCCACUUUUGGAAACGCAGACACCACCACGACCACCACCACAACCACCACCACCACCACGAUUUCAGUCUCUAAUGAAACAACAACUGUUGCCUCCAUAUCUGGAGAAACUGGCACACCAGCAGAAACCGUUGGUACCUCAGAACGUGCAGCCUCCACUGCUCUAAAGGCAGACACCACCACUAGGGCCACCACCACCACCAACACCGUCGCAGUCUCUAAUGCCACCUCAGCUCCUGUCUCAAGUUCUGGAAAUCCUGGUAGAACAGAUUCUCCUGCUGGCACCACUGCCAGUGCAGCCACUAAACCUGCAAGGGCAGAUACGACCACUACCACCACAGCUGCUCCCACGGCAGUCUCUGAUGAAAGCUCAGGUCCUGCUUCUACAGUUGAAAGUCCGGCCUCUACUCUAGGCUCUUCUACAAGCCCUGUUCCUGCUGUCUCCACAGUGUUGAUGGAAGUCACAACAGAUCUGUCUAAAGGAACUUCAGCUCCUGUCACCACAUCUGAAGGAGUAGGCAGUUCAACAGGCCCUAAUGGAACCGCUGGUCCUGUUGUCUCCACACCUGGGGCACAGGCCAGUACACCAGCACCUACUGGAAGCUCAGCUCCUGCCUUGUCUACCUCUGGAACAAGUGGGCUGAGGGCAGCCUCUAAUUCAACAGCACCUCCUGUCUCCCCAUCUCAACAACCUGUGAACACAGCAGAACUUGUUCUCACCUCACCAAAUGCAGCCCCCACUUCUGAAAAAGCAGAAACCACAAGUACAACCAGCACCAGCACCAGCACCACCACAACCACCAAAACGGUCUCUUAUGGAUCAUCAGCUGCUGUCUCCACAUCUGGACAACCUGGCUCUUCUAAAGGACCAGCUGGUACCUCAGGCAGUGCAUCCUCCACUACUGGAAAUGCAGACACCACCACGACCACCACCACAACCACCAGCACAGCCAACCCCACCACCACCACAACCACCACCACGAUUGUACUCUCUAAUGAAACAACACCUGUUGCCUCCACAUCUGUAGAAGAUGGCACACCAGCAGAACCAGUUGCCACCUCGCCCAAUGCAGCCCCCACUUCUGAAAAAGCAGACACCACAACCACGACCAGCACCAGCACCAGCACCACAACCACCAGCAUUACCACCAUGGCAGUCUCUAAUGGAACGUCAGCUGCUGUCUCCACAUCUGGUCAACCUGGCUCUUCUAAAGGACCCGCUGGUACCUCAGGCAGUGAAGUCUCCACUUCUGGAAAAAGAGACACCACCACGACCACCACCACCACCAGGACUUCAGUCUCUAAUGAAACAACAACUGUUGCCUCCAUAUCUGUAGAAACUGGCACACCAGCAGAACCCAUUGGUACCUCAGAACGUGCAGGCUCCACUGCUCUAAAGGCAGAUACCACCACUAGCGACACCACCACCACCACCACCACCAUCGUCGCAGUCUCUAAUGCCACCUCAGCUCCUGUCUCAACUUCUGGAAAUCCUGGUAGAACAGAUUCUCCUGCUGGCACCACUGCCAGUGCAGCCACUAAACCUGUAAGGGCAGAUACGGCAGCCUCUAAUGAAAGCUCAGGUCCUCCUUCUACAACUGAAGGUCCAGCCUCUACUCUAGGCUCUUUUACAAGCCCUGUUCCUGCUGUCUCCACAGUGUUGAUGGAUGUCACAACAGCUGUAUCUAAAGGAAAUUCAGCUCCUGUCACCACAUCUGAAGGAGUAGGCAGUUCAACAGGCCCUAAUGGAACCGCAGGUCCUGUUGUCUCCACAUCUGAGGGACAGGCCAGUACACCAGCACCUACUGGAAGCUCAGCUCCUGCCUUGUCUACCUCUGGCACAAGUGGGCUGAGGGCAGCCUCUAAUUCAACAGCACCUCCUGUCUCCCCAUCUCAACAACCUGUGAACACAGCAGAACUUGCUCUCACCUCACCAAAUGCCGCCCCCACUUCUGAAAAAGCAGAAACCAAAAGUACGACCAGCACCAGCAACAGCACCACCACCAGCACCACCAAAACGGUCUCUAGUGGAACAUCAGCUGCUGUCUCCACAUCUGGACAACGUGGGUCUUCUACAGGACCAGCUGGUACCUCAGGCAGUGCAACCUCCACUUCUGGAAACGCAGACACCACCACGACCACCACCAUAACCACCAGCACAGCCAACCCCACCACCACCACAACCACCACCACGAUUGUACUCUCUAAUGAAACAACACCUGUUGCCUCCACAUCUGUAGAAGAUGGCACACCAGCAGAACCACUUGCCACCUCGCCCAAUGCAGCCCCCACUUCUGAAAAAGCAGACACCACAACCACGACCAGCACCAGCAACAGCACCACAACCGCCAGCAUUACCACCAUGGCAGUCUCUAAUGGAACGUCAGCUGAUGUCUCCACAUCUGGUCAACCUGGCUCUUCUAAAGGACCCGCUGGUACCUCAGGGAGUGCAGCCUCCACUUUUGGAAACGCAGACACCACCACGACCACCACCACAACCACCACCACCACCACGAUUUCAGUCUCUAAUGAAACAACAACUGUUGCCUCCAUAUCUGGAGAAACUGGCACACCAGCAGAAACCGUUGGUACCUCAGAACGUGCAGCCUCCACUGCUCUAAAGGCAGACACCACCACUAGGGCCACCACCACCACCAACACCGUCGCAGUCUCUAAUGCCACCUCAGCUCCUGUCUCAAGUUCUGGAAAUCCUGGUAGAACAGAUUCUCCUGCUGGCACCACUGCCAGUGCAGCCACUAAACCUGCAAGGGCAGAUACGACCACUACCACCACAGCUGCUCCCACGGCAGUCUCUAAUGAAAGCUCAGGUCCUGCUUCUACAGUUGAAAGUCCGGCCUCUACUCUAGGCUCUUCUACAAGCCCUGUUCCUGCUGUCUCCACAGUGUUGAUGGAAGUCACAACAGAUCUGUCUAAAGGAACUUCAGCUCCUGUCACCACAUCUGAAGGAGUAGGCAGUUCAACAGGCCCUAAUGGAACCGCUGGUCCUGUUGUCUCCACACCUGGGGCACAGGCCAGUACACCAGCACCUACUGGAAGCUCAGCUCCUGCCUUGUCUACCUCUGGAACAAGUGGGCUGAGGGCAGCCUCUAAUUCAACAGAACCUCCUGUCUCCCCAUCUCAACAACCUGUGAACACAGCAGAACUUGCUCUCCCCUCACCAAAUGCAGCCCCCACUUCUGAAAAAGCAGAAACCACAAGUACGACCAGCACAAGCACCAGCACCACCACCACCACCACCAAAACGGUCUCUUAUGGAUCGUCAGCUGCUGUCUCCACAUCUGGACAACCUGGCUCUUCUACAGGACCAGCUGGUACCUCAGGCAGUGCAGCCUCCACUUCUGGAAAUGCAGACACCACCACGACCACCACCACAACCACCAGCACAGCCAACCCCACCACCACCACAACCACCACCAGGAUUGUAAUCUCUAAUGAAACAACACCUGUUGCCUCCACAUCUGUAGAAGAUGGCACACCAGCAGAACCACUUGCCACCUCGCCCAAUGCAGCCCCCACUUCUGAAAAAGCAGACACCACAACCACGACCAGCACCAGCACCAGCACCACAACCACCAGCAUUACCACCAUGGCAGUCUCUAAUGGAACGUCAGCUGCUGUCUCCACAUCUGGUCAACCUGGCUCUUCUAAAGGACCUGCUGGUACCUCAGGGAGUGCAGCCUCCACUUCUGGAAACGCAGACACAACCACAACCACCACCACAACCAACACCACCACCACGAUUUCAGUCUCUAAUGAAAUAACAACUGUUGCCUCCAUAUCUGGAGGAACUGGAACACCAGCAGAAUCCAUUGGUACCUCAGAACGUGCAGCCUCCACUGCUCUAAAGGCAGACACCACCACUAGCACCACCACUACCACCACCAUCGUCGCAGUCUCUAAUGCCACCUCAGCUCCUGUCUCAACUUCUGGAAAUCCUGGUAGAACAGAUUCUCCUGCUGGCACCACUGCCAGUGCAGCCACUAAACCUAUAAGGGCAGAUACGGCAGUCUCUAAUGAAAGCUCAGGUCCUGCUUCUACAGCUGAAAGUCCAGCCUCUACUCUAGGCUCUUCUACAAGCCCUCUUCCGGCUGUCUCCACAGGGGCGAGUGAAGGCACAACGGCUGUGUUUAAAGGAAAUUCAGCUCCUGUCACCACAUCUGAAGGUGUAGGCAGUUCAAAAGAACCUAAUGGAACGGCAGGUCCUGUUGUCUCCACAGCUGGGGGACAGGCCAGUACACUACCACCUACUGGAAGCUCGGCUCCUGCUUUGUCUACCUCUGGCACAAGUGGGCUGAGGGCAGCCUCUAAUUCAACAGCACCUCCUGUCUCCCCAUCUCAACAACCUGUGAACACAGCAGAACUUGCUCUCACCUCACCAAAUGCAGCCCCAACUUCUGAAAAAGCAGAAACCACAAGUACAACCAGCACCAGCACCAGCACCACCACAACCACCAAAACGGUCUCUUAUGGAUCAUCAGCUGCUGUCUCCACAUCUGGACAACCUGGCUCUUCUAAAGGACCAGCUGGUACCUCAGGCAGUGCAGCCUCCACUUCUGGAAAUGCAGACACCACCACGACCACCACCACAACCACCAGCACAGCCAACCCCACCACCACCACAACCACCACCACGAUUGUACUCUCUAAUGAAACAAAACCUGUUGCCUCCACAUCUGUAAAAGAUGGCACACCAGCAGAACCAUUUGCCACCUCGCCCAAUGCAGCCCCCACUUCUGAAAAAGCAGACACCACAACCACGACCAGCACCAGCACCAGCACCACAACCACCAGCAUUACCACCAUGGCAGUCUCUAAUGGAACGUCAGCUGCUGUCUCCACAUCUGGUCAACCUGGCUCUUCUAAAGGACCCGCUGGUACCUCAGGCAGUGAAGUCUCCACUUCUGGAAAAAGAGACACCACCACGACCACCACCACCACCAGGAUUUCAGUCUCUAAUGAAACAACAACUGUUGCCUCCAUAUCUGUAGAAACUGGCACACCAGCAGAACCCUUUGGUACCUCAGAACGUGCAGGCUCCACUGCUCUAAAGGCAGAUACCACCACUAGCGACACCACCACCACCACCAUCGUCGCAGUCUCUAAUGCCACCUCAGCUCCUGUCUCAACUUCUGGAAAUCCUGGUAGAAGAGAUUCUCCUGCUGGCACCACUGCCAGUGCAGCCACUAAACCUGUAAGGGCAGAUACGGCAGCCUCUAAUGAAAGCUCAGGUCCUCCUUCUACAACUGAAGGUCCAGCCUCUACUCUAGGCUCUUUUACAAGCCCUGUUCCUGCUGUCUCCACAGUGUUGAUGGAUGUCACAACAGCUGUAUCUAAAGGAAAUUCAGCUCCUGUCACCACAUCUGAAGGAGUAGGCAGUUCAACAGGCCCUAAUGGAACCGCAGGUCCUGUUGUCUCCACAUCUGAGGGACAGGCCAGUACACCAGCACCUACUGGAAGCUCAGCUCCUGCCUUGUCUACUUCUGGCACAAGUGGGCUGAGGGCAGCCUCUAAUUCAACAGCACCUCCUGUCUCCCCAUCUCAACAACCUGUGAACACAGCAGAACUUGCUCUCACCUCACCAAAUGCCGCCCCCACUUCUGAAAAAGCAGAAACCACAAGUACGACCAGCACCAGCAACAGCACCACCACCAGCACCACCAAAACGGUCUCUAGUGGAACAUCAGCUGCUGUCUCCACAUCUGGACAACGUGGGUCUUCUACAGGACCAGCUGGUACCUCAGGCAGUGCAACCUCCACUUCUGGAAACGCAGACACCACCACGACCACCACCGUAACCACCAGCACAGCCAACCCCACCACCACCACAACCACCACCACGAUUGUACUCUCUAAUGAAACAACACCUGUUGCCUCCACAUCUGUAGAAGAUGGCACACCAGCAGAACCACUUGCCACCUCGCCCAAUGCAGCCCCCACUUCUGAAAAAGCAGACACCACAACCACGACCAGCACCAGCACCAGCACCACAACCGCCAGCAUUACCACCAUGGCAGUCUCUAAUGGAACGUCAGCUGAUGUCUCCACAUCUGGUCAACCUGGCUCUUCUAAAGGACCCGCUGGUACCUCAGGGAGUGCAGCCUCCACUUUUGGAAACGCAGACACCACCACGACCACCACCACAACCACCACCACCACCACGAUUUCAGUCUCUAAUGAAACAACAACUGUUGCCUCCAUAUCUGGAGAAACUGGCACACCAGCAGAAUCCAUUGGUACCUCAGAACGUGCAGCCUCCACUGCUCUAAAGGCAGACACCACCACUAGCGCCACCACUACCACCACCAUCGUCGCAGUCUCUAAUGCCACCUCAGCUCCUGUCUCAACUUCUGGAAAUCCUGGUAGAACAGAUUCUCCUGCUGGCACCACUGCCAGUGCAGCCACUAAACCUAUAAGGGCAGAUACGGCAGUCUCUAAUGAAAGCUCAGGUCCUGCUUCUACAGCUGAAAGUCCAGCCUCUACUCUAGGCUCUUCUACAAGCCCUCUUCCGGCUGUCUCCACAGGGGCGAGUGAAGGCACAACGGCUGUGUUUAAAGGAAAUUCAGCUCCUGUCACCACAUCUGAAGGUGUAGGCCGUUCAAAAGAACCUAAUGGAACGCCAGGUCCUGUUGUCUCCACAUCUGAGGGACAGGCCAGUACACCACCACCUACUGGAGGCUCGGCUCCUGCUUUGUCUACCUCUGGCACAAGUGGGCUGAGGGCAGCCUCUAAUUCAACAGCACCUCCUGUCUCCCCAUCUCAACAACCUGUGAACACAGCAGAACUUGCUCUGACCUCGCCAAAUGCAGCCCCCACUUCUGAAAAAGCAGAAACCACAAGUACAACCAGCACCAGCACCAGCACCAGCACCACCACCACCACCACCAAAACGGUAUCUCAUGGAUCGUCCGCUGCUGUCUCCACAUCUGGACAACCUGGCUCUUCUACAGGACCAGCUGGUACCUCAGGCAGUGCAGCCUCCACUUCUGGAAAUGCAGACACCACCACGACCACCACCACAACCACCAGCACAGCCAACCCCACCACCACCACAACCACCACCAGGAUUGUAAUCUCUAAUGAAACAACACCUGUUGCCUCCACAUCUGUAGAAGAUGGCACACCAGCAGAACCACUUGCCACCUCGCCCAAUGCAGCCCCCACUUCUGAAAAAGCAGACACCACAACCACGACCAGCACCAGCACCAGCACCACAACCACCAGCAUUACCACCAUGGCAGUCUCUAAUGGAACGUCAGCUGAUGUCUCCACAUCUGGUCAACCUGGCUCUUCUAAAGGACCCGCUGGUACCUCAGGGAGUGCAGCCUCCACCUCUGGAAACGCAGACACAACCACGACCACCACCACAACCAACACCACCACCACGAUUUCAGUCUCUAAUGAAAUAACAACUGUUGCCUCCAUAUCUGGAGGAACUGGAACACCAGCAGAAUCCAUUGGUACCUCAGAACGUGCAGCCUCCACUGCUCUAAAGGCAGACACCACCACUAGCGCCACCACUACCACCACCAUCGUCGCAGUCUCUAAUGCCACCUCAGCUCCUGUCUCAACUUCUGGAAAUCCUGGUAGAACAGAUUCUCCUGCUGGCACCACUGCCAGUGCAGCCACUAAACCUAUAAGGGCAGAUACGGCAGUCUCUAAUGAAAGCUCAGGUCCUGCUUCUACAGCUGAAAGUCCAGCCUCUACUCUAGGCUCUUCUACAAGCCCUCUUCCGGCUGUCUCCACAGGGGCGAGUGAAGGCACAACGGCUGUGUUUAAAGGAAAUUCAGCUCCUGUCACCACAUCUGAAGGUGUAGGCAGUUCAAAAGAACCUAAUGGAACGGCAGGUCCUGUUGUCUCCACAUCUGAGGGACAGGCCAGUACACCACCACCUACUGGAAGCUCGGCUCCUGCUUUGUCUACCUCUGGCACAAGUGGGCUGAGGGCAGCCUCUAAUUCAACAGCACCUCCUGUCUCCCCAUCUCAACAACCUGUGAACACAGCAGAACUUGCUCUGACCUCGCCAAAUGCAGCCCCCACUUCUGAAAAAGCAGAAACCACAAGUACAACCAGCACCAGCACCAGCACCACCACCACCACCACCAAAACGGUAUCUCAUGGAUCGUCAGCUGCUGUCUCCACAUCUGGACAACCUGGCUCUUCUACAGGACCAGCUGGUACCUCAGGCAGUGCAGCCUCCACUUCUGGAAAUGCAGACACCACCACGACCACCACCACAACAACCAGCCCACCCAACUCCACCACCACCACAACCACCACCACGAGUGUACUCUCUAAUGAAACAACACCUGUUGCCUCCACAUCUGUAGAAGAUGGCACACCAGCAGAACCAGUUGCCACCUCGCCCAAUGCAGCCCCCACUUCUGAAAAAGCAGACACCACAACCACGACCAGCACCAGCACCAGCACCACAACCAUCAGCAUUACCACCAUGGCAGUCUCUAAUGGAACGUCAGCUGAUGUGUCCACAUCUCGUCAACCUGGCUCUUCUAAAGGACCCGCUGGUACCUCAGGCAUUGAAGUCUCCACUUCUGGAAAAGGAGACACCACCACGACCACCACCACCACCACGAUUUCAGUCUCUAAUGAAACAACAACUGUUGCCUCCAUAUCUGGAGAAACUGGAUCACCAGCAGAACCCGUUGGUACCUCAGAACGUGGAGCCUCCACUGCUCUAAAGGCAGACACCACCACUAGCGCCACCACCACCACCACCAUCGUCGCAGUCUCUAAUGCCACCUCAGCUCCUGUCUCAACAUCUGGAAAUCCUGGUAGAACAGAUUCUCCUGCUGGCACCACUGCCAGUGCAGCCACUAAACCUGCAAGGGCAGAUACGACCACUACCACCACAGCUGCUCCCACGGCAGUCUCUAAUGAAAGCUCAGGUCCUGCUUCUACAGUUGAAAGUCCAGCCUCUACUCUAGGCUCUUCUACAAGCCCUGUUCCUGCUGUCUCCACAGUGUUGAUGGAAGUCACAACAGCUCUGUCUAAAGGAACUUCAGCUCCUGUCACCACAUCUGAAGGAGUAGGCAGUUCAACAGGCCCUAAUGGAACCGCUGGUCCUGUUGUCUCCACACCUGGGGGACAGGCCAGUACACCAGCACCUACUGGAAGCUCAGCUCCUGCCUUGUCUACCUCUAGCACAAGUGGGCUGAGGGCAGCCUCUAAUUCAACAGCACCUCCUGUCUCCCCAUCUCAACAACCUGUGAACACAGCCGAACUUGCUCUCACCUCCCCCAAUGCAGCCCCCACUUCUGAAAAAGCAGACACCACAACCACGACCAGCACUAGCACCAGCACCACAAUCACCAGCAUUACCACCAUGGCAGUCUCUAAUGGAACGUCAGCUGCUGUCUCCACAUCUGGUCAACCUGGCUCUUCUAAAGGACCCGCUGGUACCUCAGGCAGUGAAGUCUCCACUUCUGGAAAAAGAGACACCACCACGACCACCAACACCACCACGAUUUCAGUCUCUAAUGAAACAACAACUGUUGCCUCCAUAUCAGGAGAAACUGGCACACCAGCAGAACCUAUUGGUACCUCAGAACGUGCAGCCUCCACUGCUCUAAAGGCAGAUACCACCACUAGCGACACCACCACCACCACCAUCGUCGCAGUCUCUAAUGCCACCUCAGCUCCUGUCUCAACAUCUGGAAAUCCUGGUAGAACAGAUUCUCCUGCUGGCACCACUGCCAGUGCAGCCACUAAACCUAUAAGGGCAGAUACGGCAGUCUCUAAUGAAAGCUCAGGUCCUGCUUCUACAACUGAAAGUCCAGCUUCUACUCUAGGCUCUUCUACAAGCCCUGUUCCUGCUGUCUCCACAGUGUUGAUGGAUGUCACAACAGCUGUAUCUAAAGGAACUUCAGCUCCUGUCACCACAUCUGAAGGAGUAGGCAGUUCAACAGGCCCUAAUGGAACCGCUGGUCCUGUUGUCUCCACAUCUGGGGGACAGGCCAGUACACCAGCACCUACUGGAAGCUCAACUCCUGCCUUGUCUACCUCUGGCACAAGUGGGCUGAGGGCAGCCUCUAAUUCAACAGCACCUCCUGUCUCCCCAUCUCAACAACCUGUGAACACAGCCGAACUUGCUCUCACCUCACCAAAUGCAGCCCCCACUUCUGAAAAAGCAGAAACCACAAGUACGACCAGCACCAGCACCACCACCACCACCACCAAAACAGUCUCUAGUGGAACAUCUGCUGCUGUCUUCACAUCUGGACAACCUGGCUCUUCUACAGGACCAGCUGGUACCUCAGGCAGUGCAUCCUCCACUUCUGGAAAUGCAGACACCACCACGACCACCACCACAACAACCAGCACAGCCAACCCCACCACCACCACAACCACCACCACGAUUGUACUCUCUAAUGAAACAACACCUGUUGCCUCCACAUCUGCAGAAGAUGGCACACCUGUAGUACCAGUUGCCACCUCUCCCAAUGCAGCCCCCACUUCUGAACAAGCAGACACCACAACCCCGCCUAGCACCAACUCCAGCACCAGCACCACAUCCAACACCAUUGCAGUCUCUAAUGGAAUGUCUGCUGCUGUCUCCACAUCUGGACAAUCUGGCUCUUCUACAGGACAAGCUGGUACCUCAGGCAGUGUAGCCUUCACUUCUGGAAAAGCAGAUUCCACUACUACCACCAGCAUCACCACUACCACAGCCAUCUCCUAUGCAGUUUCUAAUGUAACCUCACCUUUUGUCUCUACCCUCGGAGAAAAUGGUGAAGUACCAGAACCUGCUUUUACCUCAGCUAAUGAACUUUCCACUACUGUCGAAGCAGACAACAGUCCUUCCUUCACAACCUCCACUUCUCUUGCAGUUUCUAAUUUAACAUCAGCUGGUUUCUCCUCAUCUGAAGAACCUGGUACAUCAGUAGGCCCUGCAGAUACCUCAGCUGGUUCAACGAUCACUUCUGUAAAAGCAGACAAUACCACUAGCACCACAAUGACCACCUCCCUUGCAGUCCCUAUUCCCAAAUCACAUGUUGCCUCCACAUCUGGAGUACCUUUUUCACCAUCAGGAUCUUCUGCUACCUCAACCAUUGCAGUUUCUAUUUCUAGAAUAGUUUACACUACCACCACUGCCACCACUCUGGCCGCGCUUAAUGAAACCUCAGCUCCUGCCUCUACACCUGCAAGCCUUUCCCCCUCCACAGUCUCUGCUGAAAGCUCAACUCCUGCUCUUUCCACAGCUGACGCUAAUGGCCUGAGCGCAGGCUCAAAUAUAAUCUCAGCCUCUGUCUCUACCUCUGGAUAUCCUGGUACCACAGUCACAAUAUCAGCAGGGACAACUGGAAUCUCAGCCAAAUCAAAUGUAGCAAGAGGAAGAACCUCCAGUAUGCCAGAGGCUACAACUUCAACAAAUAAUAGUGGCUCCGAUGGGAACACAAUCACAGCAGGGUCCACCAGUGCACCUGUGAGUGUGACUAAGGAAUCUGGAAGUUCCAGCCAAGAAGCCACAAGUUCCACAGGAGUCAGUGGAACCAAUGCCACAGGAGGCAACACAGGGAAAGUGUGUAAAGUCACAGGGCUGCACACGUUCCAAAUGUUCAUGUUCCAAGCUCUGUCCCAUCUCAGUUCAGAGGCUACAACUUUUACAGAUGUUGGAGAAUACCCUGGAGUUAGAACAGCAACUAAGUCCACCUCGGUACCACCUGGAGUCACAACCAGCCCCAGCACAUCCCAGCAAGCAACUGCUGCAAAUCCAACAGAAAGUCAAGACACCGAGAAUAAAACAGUGUGUCCAAGCACGCUCCCACCAGCCCCAGCGUGCUAUGGUCCACUGGGAGAAGAGAAAUCCCCUGGAGACGAAUGGAUAUCAAAUUGUCAUCAGUGUACCUGUACAGAAGCACAGGCCGUAGAUUGCAAGCCUAAAGAGUGUCCUUCUCCGCCCACAUGCAAAGCUGGAGAGAAAUUAGUCAAGUUCAAAUCCAAUGACUCCUGCUGUGAGAUUGGCUACUGCGAACCAAGAACAUGUUUAUUUAACAAUACUGAUUAUUCGGUUGGUUCAUCCUUUGAUGACCCUAACAACCCAUGUCUCUCCUACACCUGCAGCACCACAGGCUUGGUGGCCGUGGUUCAGGAUUGCCCAAAGCAAACAUGGUGUGCAGAAGAAGACAGAAUCUAUGAGUCAAAUAAGUGUUGCUAUAAAUGUAAGAGAAACUGCAGGACUACUCCUGUGAAUGUGACCAUUAAGUACAACGAUUGUAGGAAGAGGAUUGAGAUGGCAAGAUGUGUAGGAGACUGCAAAAGAACUGUCAAGUACAAUUAUGAGACCUUUCAAUUGGAGAAUUCCUGCUCUUGCUGCCGUGAGGAAGAAUAUGAGUUCAGGGAGAUUGCACUUGACUGUUCUAAUGGCAGCACCAUCCCUUACAGAUACAGGCACACCACAACCUGCUCAUGUCUGGACCAAUGUGAACAUUCCACAGCCAGUUAAUUCCUGCAUUGCUUUUCCGGUUACUCUUAUUUUAGAAGGCUAGAAAAAUAGUCAUUAUGGAUACGUAUGAGUAUGUCUUAUUCCAAAGGUGAUGCUCACAAUGAGGCUUUGUUGUUAUUCUGUCAUUGAUACUGGCUGGAAAAUAAAUGCAAUGGUACAAGG